ACGCCUUCGCCGCACCCGGAUGAGCAAGUGCUGGAGACUUGGUACGUGCAUCACCUGUUAUCGGAGAGUCAUUAAUACUCUGUAGAAAGUGCAUCCGUGAAGUGGCUGGGAAAACAUGAGCCAGAACUCAUAGCGAUGUUCUCAGCAGUAACCAACAGUGCUAUGGAAAUCUAGGCAUUACUAUUCCUGUGUGACCAAGACUGGCUUUUGAUAUUUGUUGUCUCUCGUGUGUUUCGUGUUGCAGGGACGUGGUGGCGGUGCUGGAGGUGGAACAGUCAGUUUUUACUAUCAUAUAACCGAGUAACUGACCAUGCUGCUUGUGCUUCGAUUGAUCAUAGGAUGCGCGAUGGCAGCCCUGGGUGUGGGGGUGCGCAUGACCGCCAUGAGCAGCCCCAGGUACGUGAUGGAGGGCACCAACAUCACCCUUAGGUGCGAGUUUGACCUGGAGGGAGACAGGCUGUACUCCCUGCUGUGGUGGCGCGGAGGCUCCGUCCUGCUCCGCUACACGCCGCCGCAUGGUGAGGGCCUGGACAGCGGGGAUGAGGAUGACCUAGGUGAGAAGGAGCAGGUUCUGCUGGACCCCAUCAGUAACGUCACCACGCGUCCUCUGGCCUGGUUCCCCUCCCGAGGCCUCGACGCCCAGGUGGGUGGCGAGGAGGGCCCUGAGGCGCUGUGGUUGCUCAACGUGGGCCACGAGGCUUCCGGUGUGUAUACCUGUGAAGUGACCGCCGAGUCCCCGCCCACCUUCGUCACGGCCAACGUUUCUGUCACUCUUGUUGUUAUUGUCCCGCCGUCUGCCUCGCCGCUGCUGCAGGGCACGGCGGGUUACGUGACGGAGGGCCAGUGGGUGGCUGCCACCUGCAACUCUGCUCCUGCACUGCCGCCGCCAGCCCUCGCCUUCUAUAUCAACGGCCAUCCGGUGAUGAGUGAGUUCAUGUCGCCGCUGAGGGUGCGGGAGGCGGCGGACAACAAGGUGGUGGUGUCUCGUUCCGUUGGCUUCACUGUUCACCGAAGGCAGUUCCUGAAUGGUCACCUCGCCCUGGAGUGUCGUGUGGCCAUCGACCAGCUGGUGUGGAAGGCAACUAAUGACUUGGUACUUCAGGAUUACAGUUUGGAGAGCAAGGCGGCGCGGGAGUGUGCUGGUGGUGUGUGGUGGGUAAAGGGCACGGGUGUGGCCCUCCUCCUGCUUUAUCGCUGGUUGGGCUGAUGCGGCAUCCUCUCACUGCUGGGAUUAGUACGCGAAGGAGCACAAAGGAAUAAUAAAUAGUAGCAGACAUCAGACUAUAAUAACAUAAGAAAAUAAGGGGAAGCUGCAGGAAGUCGUCAGGCCUACAUGUUGUAGUUCCUGUAUGAAACAUACCUACUUACUUCCACCUAUUAUCCUCAUCCAUAAAUUUGUCUUAUCUUUUAAAGCUCCCUACUGAUUCAACACUUACAACCUGAUUACUGAGUCUAUUCCAUUCGUCUGCCAUUCUAUUUGGACCUGUUCGCUGCUAUGAGGCUGUUUGUGAAGUAAGAGAUGUAGGAGAGCAAAAAGUAAAAGAUGCUGAAUAGUAUUGAUAGCGCUUCCUGUAUAGACAAGAAUGACGUGCACUAUCAGGAAUGCCUUGUUACGUUCACCAGGCUUCUAGAGAAUUGGGACAGUCUAGUAAUACUAUCAAGCACCGGGAUAUACUUUCUGCUCCCUCCCAUUUCGUCUCUGCGGCAUCAACGAAUGUUCUAGUCAAUCUAGUGCGUGAUUGUUUUUCUUUUCCAUGGUAGGUAGUGUUUACUGUCUGUUGGUGAGGAGAUUCUUAGAAAUGAGCGUCAUUGAUAGAUAGAUAGAUAGAUAAAUAGAUAGAUAGACAGAUAGAUAGAUAUAGAUAAAUAGAUAGAUAGAUAGAUAAACAGAUAAAUAAAUAGAAAGAUAGAUACAUAGAAAGAUUGUGGCCAUAGGAAAUUCUUGAAUGUUGCAACAAGUCUUAUUCUAAUCUUGUACAUGACGCUCACUUUCUUUUAUCCUCAUCCACACAAAGUUUGACCAGCAGCACUGCACAGCACGCACAACACCUUUCAGUCAGCCUUGAAGUAAUGUCACCUGGGCAAUGAAUUAUUCAAAGCAGUAACCUGGGUCUAUAUAAUGGACUGCUGCUCUAUUAAGCCUUACUCAGUCGGUGUCUUAAUGCAUACUUUUGCAUACUACACGCAGCACGUCGCCAUGGCAAGCUCGUCUAUGCAAGCAAUUAUUUUUUUGCGUCACCCAGACUGUUAGUUGUAAGUUUCUCCUUUUCCAGGCUCUUGAUGAUUGUUGCCCUGCACGCGACAACUGUGACUGACGCGUCUCUUUGUGGCUAUCGUGUUUCUAUAUACUGUUAUCUAAGGCCAGACAUGUUUAACUAAAGAGGAAGAAAUAACAAAUAAGAACACACUGUAUUUUAACAAUCGUAAGGUUUUGUUAUUCAAUUAAAAAUAAAUAGAUAGCAAGUAAGAAUACAUUGUAUUUUAACAACUGUAUGAUUUACAUAUA